GGGACGAGCUGAGGAACGUGACCCUCCCCCAUUCGUACCGUUGCGCCGCAGCAGAGAAGGAUGGGGGAAAAGGGGGACCCGCACAGACUCAGAUGGCACGGGAAGUAUCGUGGAGACAGAAGGGGUGGCUCUAGACCCCCCUGCCUGCUCCAGACGCUCACGUACUCCUGUAGCUCACCCAUUGGUUCAGGAUGUGACCUUGGAAUUCCACUACAUUCACCCAUCAAAUUAUCCGUCUAGCUGUGUGUUGGACAUUUUGUGCAGAAGGGUGCUAUGAGAAACAGUAUUGAAAGCUUUGCAGAAAUCUUAAAAGAUAAAAUCAUCUGGCUUCCCUUGAUCAACUAGAUGGGUUACCUUGUUGUGAAAGGAAGCUAAGUUAAACAGAACCUUCCCUUCACGAAUCUUUGUUGGUUGACUGCAUUUGAAUGGUUGAAUUGGUUGAAUGCAUAUGACUGCAUUUUCUUUCAGAUGUUUUAGGAUUCUGAGGUAAGAUACUGUUGAUCAGGUGUGCUUCUUUCCUGUUGCAAAAGUAGAUAAUCUUAACUAAGCAGGGACAUGGAGGUACUGCUACUGGGAGUCACGAGUGGCUUACUCAAAUAAAUUUUGCAUGGGUGUGAAUCUAGUAGCUGAGUGGGGGCUGUUGGGAGCCAAUGGUUCAAGUCUUUCUGUGUGUUUUUCAAAUCUAAUUCUGCAUUAGUUUUGGUUCCUGUGCCAAAGUUGCCAAUUAUUCACAUGAGGCACAGGGCACAUAGCUACUGGAUAAUUUGAAAUGCUGCAAAAUAUAAUUUAAAGGGGUUUUAUGACUUGAGAAUGGGUAAGUUACAGAAAGCAUCUAUCUUUUCAGCUAAAGUCUUAAGUACUUCAUUUUUGUUAAUAUCAAGUUAAUUUACUUCUUAAAGGUGCAGUUUAUACAGAAAUCCUAAUUUUCAGUUUCAUUUAUUUGUUGUUGUAGUGGAAAUUCUAAGGGUUGAGACCUGCCCAGAACAUUUUAAAAGAAAAUUGUGGUAUAUUAGCAUAAUAGCUGCUAGCCACAAUGAUAAACUUUUCAUUUGUUGCGUGGUUUUAUUUGUUUUCAGGGUUGUUUUUUUUAACUCAGGAGACACUGCUUAUCACCUCUGAGAGCUAACUUAGGUUUUUUUGUGAUUUUGCCAGUUUGCAUUUGGCAUGUGUUCGUAUUAUACCAGUGUAGUGGAAAUGCUAAUUCAAGACUUAAACCAGUGAUUGAGCACCUGGUAGGAAGGCAGGGCCAACCAAGGAGAGAUCAGGUGCAAGCAAUGCACCUGAGUGACCAGAAGGGGUGUCAUGGUUCUAUGUUUUUGUUUUUUGUCUUGUCGAGUUUUGAUGUGGAAUACUGAAACCAUAAAAAAACAAGACAAAAACCAAAAACAUAGAACCAUGACAAGGGGUCGGGCCAGGAUCCACCCUUUCUCAGACCUCAUUUAAGGCUUGGCAGUAGAGGUGUUGCUUUAUUCUUUGGAGCUUGCUAUGUAUUUAGGGGCUAUUUGGGCCUUCUCAAGUGAAGACUGGCAAGUAUCUAGGUCAGUUUCAAUAUCAGGAACUAGUUCUGAUUCUGAAUCAGAGGAAGAUAGAGAGAAAAACAGUUGUGAAGAGAGUGAAUCUGACUAUGAACCAAAAAACAAGGUCAAAAGCCAGAAACCUUUAAGGAGAAUUAAGCCCAAAAGUUGCAAGAAGGGUGCAGGACAGAAAAAGAGACAGUUUGAUUCAUCAGAUGGUGAUGAUGAUUAUGAUAAGAGGGGAUCUCGUCGCCAGGCAACAGUCAAUGUUAGUUACAAAGAAGCUGAAGAAACCAAGACAGAUUCUGAUGAGUUGUUGGAAGUCUGUGGAGAAGAUGUCCCACAGCCUGAAGAAGAUGAAUUUGAAACUAUAGAGAAGUUCAUGGAUAGUCGAAUUGGCCGAAAAGGAGCUACUGGUGCUGCAACCACUAUCUAUGCAAUUGAGGCAGAUGGUGACCCAAAUACUGGAUUUGAAAAGUCAAAAGAGCCAGGAGAAAUACAGUAUCUUAUUAAAUGGAAAGGCUGGUCACACAUUCAUAAUACUUGGGAAACUGAAGAAACUCUGAAGCAACAAAACGUUAAAGGAAUGAAGAAACUAGAUAACUAUAAGAAAAAGUGUCAGGAAACAAAACGAUGGCUGAAAAAUGCUUCUCCAGAAGAUGUGGAAUACUAUAACUGCCAACAGGAGUUUACAGAUGAUCUACAUAAACAAUAUCAAGUAGUGGAAAGGAUAAUUGCUCAUUCAAAUCAGAAAUCAGCAGCUGGUUAUCCAGAUUACUAUUGCAAAUGGCAGGGUCUGCCUUACUCAGAAUGUAGCUGGGAAGAUGGUGCUCUCAUUGCCAAAAAAUUUCAGGCAUGUAUUGAUGAGUAUUUUAGCAGAAAUCAAUCCAAGACCACUCCAUUUAAGGACUACAAGAUUCUAAAACAGAGGCCGAGGUUUGUUGCGUUAAAGAAGCAACCACCUUAUAUUGGAGGACGCGAUUGUUUAGAGUUAAGAGAUUAUCAGUUAAAUGGGCUGAACUGGCUUGCUCACUCGUGGUGCAAAGGGAAUAGUUGUAUUCUUGCAGAUGAAAUGGGUCUGGGUAAAACAAUACAAACAAUUUCUUUUUUGAACUACCUGUUCCAUGAACAUGAACUGUAUGGGCCUUUCUUGCUGGUUGUGCCACUUUCUACUUUGACAUCUUGGCAAAGAGAGAUUCAGAUUUGGGCUCCUCAGAUGAAUGCUGUGGUUUACUUAGGAGAUAUAACUAGUAGAAAUAUGAUAAGAACUCAUGAAUGGAUGCAUCCACAGACCAAGCGAUUAAAAUUUAAUAUACUUCUAACAACUUAUGAAAUCUUGCUGAAGGAUAAGUCAUUCCUUGGUGGUCUGAAUUGGGUGUUUAUAGGGAUUGAUGAAGCUCAUCGUUUAAAAAAUGAUGAUUCCCUUCUAUACAAGACUUUAAUAGACUUCAAGUCUAGUCAUCGUCUUCUUAUUACUGGAACCCCCCUGCAGAACUCCCUCAAAGAGCUUUGGUCUUUGCUGCACUUCAUCAUGCCAGAGAAGUUUUCUUCAUGGGAGGAUUUUGAAGAGGAGCAUGGGAAAGGGAGAGAGUUUGGUUAUGCAAGUCUUCACAAAGAACUUGAACCAUUUCUACUCAGAAGAGUUAAAAAAGAUGUAGAAAAGUCUUUACCUGCUAAGGUUGAACAAAUUUUAAGGAUGGAAAUGAGUGCAUUGCAGAAGCAAUAUUACAAGUGGAUUUUAACCAGGAAUUAUAAAGCCCUGAGCAAAGGUUCUAAAGGCAGUACUUCAGGAUUUUUGAACAUCAUGAUGGAACUGAAGAAGUGUUGUAACCAUUGUUACCUUAUUAAACCACCAGAUGAUAAUGAAUUCUAUAAUAAACAGGAGGCUUUACAGCAUUUAAUACGUAGCAGUGGAAAACUAAUCCUCCUUGACAAGUUACUGAUUCGUCUACGAGAACGUGGCAACAGAGUACUGAUUUUCUCUCAGAUGGUGAGGAUGCUAGACAUCCUAGCAGAAUACUUGAAGUAUCGUCAGUUUCCUUUUCAGAGACUUGAUGGAUCAAUAAAAGGAGAACUGAGGAAACAAGCACUAGAUCACUUCAAUGCAGAAGGAUCAGAGGAUUUCUGCUUUUUGCUGUCUACCAGAGCUGGAGGAUUAGGUAUAAACUUGGCAUCUGCUGACACUGUAGUUAUAUUUGAUUCUGACUGGAAUCCACAAAAUGAUCUGCAAGCACAGGCUAGAGCUCAUAGGAUUGGACAAAAGAAACAGGUUAAUAUUUAUCGGCUAGUCACAAAAGGAUCGGUAGAAGAAGAUAUUCUUGAAAGAGCCAAGAAAAAGAUGGUGUUAGAUCAUUUAGUGAUUCAGAGAAUGGACACCACAGGGAAAACUGUACUACAUACAGGCUCUACUCCUUCAAGCUCAACACCUUUUAAUAAGGAAGAGUUAUCAGCAAUUUUGAAGUUUGGUGCUGAGGAACUUUUUAAAGAACCUGAAGGGGAGGAAGAGGAGCCUCAGGAGAUGGAUAUAGAUGAAAUCCUGAAGAGGGCUGAAACUCGAGAAAAUGAGUCAGGCCCAUUAACUGUAGGAGAUGAGUUACUUUCACAGUUCAAGGUAGCUAACUUUUCCAAUAUGGAUGAAGAUGACAUUGAGUUGGAACCAGAACAAAAUCUAAGAAACUGGGAAGAAAUCAUUCCAGAAGUUCAGUGGCGACGAAUAGAAGAAGAGGAAAGACAAAAAGAACUUGAAGAAAUAUAUAUGCUUCCAAGAAUGAGAAACUGUGCAAAACAGAUCAGCUUUAACGGAAAUGAAGGGAGAUGCAGUAGAAGCAGAAGAUAUUCUGGAUCUGAUAGUGAUUCCAUCUCAGAAAGAAAACGACCAAAAAAACGUGGACGACCACGAACUAUUCCCCGUGAAAUCAUUAAAGGAUUUAGUGAUGCAGAGAUUAGACGAUUUAUCAAGAGUUACAAGAAAUUUGGUGGCCCACUUGAAAGGUUAGAUGCUAUAGCUAGAGAUGCUGAGCUAGUUGAUAAAUCUGAAACAGACCUUAGACAUCUGGGAGAACUUGUACAUAAUGGAUGCAUUAAGGCUUUAAAUGAUAAUGACUUUGGCCAAGGAAGAACAGGUGGUAGAUUUGGGAAAGUUAAAGGCCCAACAUUCCGAAUAUCAGGAGUGCAGGUGAAUGCAAAGCUAGUCAUUUCUCACGAAGAAGAGUUGGCACCAUUGCAUAAAUCCAUUCCUUCAGAUCCAGAAGAAAGGAAAAGAUAUGUCAUCCCAUACCACACCAAAGCAGCUCAUUUUGAUAUAGAUUGGGGUAAAGAAGAUGAUUCCAAUCUGUUAAUAGGUAUCUAUGAAUAUGGUUAUGGUAGUUGGGAAAUGAUAAAAAUGGAUCCUGAUCUCAGUUUGACACAGAAGAUUUUACCUGAUGAUCCAGAUAAGAAACCCCAAGCUAAGCAAUUACAGACUCGUGCAGACUACCUCAUUAAAUUACUGAAUAAAGACCUUGCAAGAAAGGAAGUGCAGAGACUUGCUGGUGCAGGCAAUUCAAAGAGGAAAAAAACAAGAAGUAAGAAGAAUAAAGCAAUAAAGACUGCAAAAACAAAAGAAAUAAAGAAUGACUCCUCAUCACCACCCUCAGAAAAAUCUGACGAGGAUAAUGAGGAUGAGAUUGUUUCAGUGAAAUAUCCACAUAAAAAAAUAAAAGCAGAAAAAGAAAAUGAAGAAAAAGAUGAGCCAGAUGUUGGUAUAAAGAAGGAAGCUGGAGAAAAAAGAGAGACAAAAGAAAAGGAAAAUAAGAGGGAUUUGAGAAGGGAGAAAAAAGAAAAAGAGGAUAAGAAAGAAUUAAAAUACAUUAAAGAAAAGAGAGAAAACAAAGUAAAAGAAUUCACACAGAAAGUAAAAGAAGUAAAGGAAGAGAAGGUAAAUGAAAUGAAAUCUGAAUAUAAAGAAAAAAAUAAAAAAGUUCCAUUAUUGGAUAUUCCAGUUCAUAUUACUGCAAUUAGUGAACCAGUUCCUAUAUCUGAUGAAUCUGAAGAACUGGAUCAGAAGACAUUCAGUGUGUGCAAAGAAAGAAUGAGGCCUGUUAAAGCAGCAUUGAAACAACUGGAUCGACCAGAGAAAGGCCUUUCUGAAAGGGAACAGCUGGAACAUACGAGACAGUGCCUAAUCAAAAUUGGGGACCAUAUUACUGAAUGUUUAAAGGAGUACACAAAUCCUGAACAAAUUAAACAGUGGAGAAAAAACUUGUGGAUUUUUGUCUCUAAGUUUACAGAAUUUGAUGCCAGAAAGUUGCACAAACUAUAUAAACAUGCAAUCAAAAAACGCCAAGAAUUUCAGCAACACAAUGACCAGAACAUUGCUGCUAAUGUGAACACACAAGUAAUUAGAAAUCCAAAUGUGGAAAGACUAAAAGAGAAUACAAACCAUGAUGAUAGUAUCAGGGACAGUUAUUCUUCUGACAAACAUUUGUGUCAGUACCAUGAUCAUCAUAAGGACAGAUAUCAGGGAGAUACUUAUAAGAAAAGUGACUCAAGGAAAAGGCCCUAUUCAGACUUCAGCAAUGGAAAACAUCAUAGAGACUGGGAUCACUACAAACAAGACAGCAGAUGCUGUAGUGAUAGUAAGCAUAGAAAGUUGGAUGACCAUAGAAGCAGAGAUCACAAGUCAAACCUAGAAGGAAGUUUAAAAGACAGCAGGCCUCAUUCAGAUCACCGUUCCCAUUCAGACCACAGGAUACAUUCAGAUCACCGUUCCACUUCAGAAUACAGCCAUCAUAAAUCUUCCAGAGAUUAUAGAUACCACUCAGACUGGCAAAUGGACCACCGAGCUUCUGGUAGUGGCUCAAGGUCACCAUUAGAUCAGAGGUCUCCUUAUGGUUCAAGAUCUCCAUUUGAACACUCAUCAGAUCACAAAAGUACACCUGAACAUACAUGGAGUGGCUGGAAAACAUAACAAAGACUGACAUUUUCUGGACCUUCUUUUAGCCAUAUACAGUAAACUAACACAGUAAUUGCCUUAUCUGACUUGAAAGACUGGAUAUUCUAUCAGUAGCAGUAUUGUUACUUCUUCCCAGGAUGCAAGGUCUAUUAUUCCAUAAAAAAAAAAAAAUUUUUGUAUUUAAACUUUAUGCUGCACAGUGCUGCAAAUGCUGUGGCACUUUUUUUUUUUUUUUUUUAAGAAAUUAAAACUGUUUACUUUUACAGGGACCUCAAUACUGCCCUGUUCAGACUGGAUCUUAUAAAACUGUUUUUAGGCAGAAUGCAGUUGAAAUUGUUUGUAAAUUAAUUUUUAGGCACUGACAUGUGAUCAUGUUUCAAGAAAGAAUGAGAAAUUUGCUGUUUUCUUAGUAAAGAAUUCUCAAGGAUUUUGUUCACUUUCCAAAGCUACAUGUUUACAUCGUACACUGCAACCACCUAGCGGCUUUUCAUCACAAGCUUGAAUAUUUAAAUUCUUACCUGUAACUGUAAAAUAGCUAGGAUUUCUCCUGUUUGUGAUCAGAUAUUAUAAAGCCUUUUUACAAUAAAUAAAUUUAAGUGGCUGCAAAUAAAUUAAAUUUUUCUUCCAUUUUGCUUGUUCCUUUCCCUACCAACUCAGGCCUUCCUCUCACAAGUAUUCAAAACAGGCAGUGUACUAAUUAUUUUUAAUUAAAAAAAAUAGCUUGAUGAAAUCACUGUUCAGAAUGUAGAAAAGGAACACUUUUCUUGUAUUUAGUGCCCAUUUUUCUUUGAUACUUCAGAUAAAUGUUUUGGGGUUUCAUUCUAGUUAGCUUUUUUUUUUUCUGUCAAUUUCUUCUGUCAAACUGUCAAUAUUGUUAUUUGUUGUAGCAAAAUGGUGGGAAAUAGUCAAAUUGUUUUCUGGAAAUGUUUUCAAGUCCAUUGGUUUUAAAGGAGGAGUGUUCAAUAUCUGAACAGUGAACUUCAGAAUCCAAAGUAGCCAAAAUUGAUUGUACAUCCAUUUGUUUUCCAUCUUAAAAUGGGCAAUAAUGUCAAAUGUACUAUGUGGCCAGCUGAUAUUUUAGAAAAUUUGAAUGACUUUAAUAGAAUUGUUGUAAUGCACAUUGAUUGUACAUAGACAACAUCUAUCUGACAAAAUAAAUUUAAAAGGAUAUGCGAGCUCUUCUUUUUUUGUUAGUGUUUUUCUACAGCAUACCUUUCUCAUAUUUAACCAUAAAAAUAUUAAACUCUGUGUACUAAAUUUUAAUAUGCAUCUGUAUGGGAAUUGCUAAGUCAUGGCCUGAACCAAUGAUUAAGCACCUGGUGAAGGGACACAACCAGCCCAGGCAGCACAGGUGAAAGCAAGUCCCUAAACCUCAUUUAAGGGCUGGCUGGGACAGGGGGUGUUUCUUUACUUGGCAGUCCCUUCUUUUGGAGUAUUUGGCAAGCCCUUAUCCUUGAGGUAGGUAAGCAAGUUGUCCUUGAACUGGGUUGUGAUCGUCACGCUUACUUGGGUAAUUUAGAAGUGAUUAUUUGCCAUUACCUUCCUCUAAAUUUGGCAAGCUAGGCAGUUCUUCCUGAGAAAGAGAAUACUGACAAUGGUCUUUUUGUAAUUGGGUGGUUCAGCAGGGA